CAUUACGUAGCUGGCGGGAGUUGUGACGCAAGGUUUCCUUGGUUUUAACUCAGCGCGGGAGUUCCAUCGGAGGAAGUCUGGUUGGUUAAAAUGCCCUGCGAAAGGAAGCCGAUGCGCUACGGCCACUCGGAGGGACACACCGAGGUCUGCUUCGAUGACUCUGGGAGGUAUAUCGUAACAUGUGGGAAUGACGGGGAUGUUCGGAUUUGGGAAAGCCUGGAUGACGAUGAUCCAAAGUUCAUCACUGUCGGAGAAAAGGCUUACUCCCUCGCACUGAAGAAAGGCAAGUUGGUGACGGCGAGCUCCAACAACACAGUGCAGAUCCACACGUUUCCCGACGGAGAUCCGGACGGCAUCCUGACGCGGUUCACCACCAACGCCACCCAUGUCGCUUUCAACAGCAGCGGCUCCAGAGUCGCUGCCGGAUCCAGUGACUUCAUGGUGAAGGUGGUGGAAGUGUCAGACAGCAGUCAGCAGAAAACACUGCGGGGUCACGAAGCGCCCGUCCUCAGUGUCUCCUUUGACCCUCAGGAUCAGUACUUGGCCUCUGCCAGCUGUGACGGCUCGGUCGUCGUGUGGAACAUCGAGGAGCAGACUCAGGUGAUCAGCUGGCCCCUACUGCAGAAGACAAACGACGUCAGCAACGCCAGGUCUCUGUGUCGGUUAGCCUUUCAGCCUGCAGCAGGCGAGUUUUUAGCUGUUCCUGUUGAGACCAGAGUGCACCUGUAUGAGCGGGGUUCCUGGGACCAUGUCGGCACGCUGUCCGAUGAUCUGCUCACACAGCCCAUCAACGUGGUGGCCUGGUCCAUGUGCAGCCGCUUCCUUGCAGCUGGCAGCGUAGGAGGUUUUCUCACAGUCUGGGACGUGAACAGCAAGCUGUGUGUGGAAAGGCAGAAGCAUGAGAAAGGAUUCACGGUGUGCAGUUUGGCCUGGCAUCCAUCAGGGAGUCAGAUUGCCUACACAGACACAGAGGGCUGCCUGGGCCUGUUGGACAGACUCGGCACCUCCACUGCGGUCACCAGCUCCACUAAGGCACCAGCAAAGAAACCUGCUGAAGACUACGAUGACCUGUUUGAUGAGGAUGAUGACAGACUGAUGGAUGAAGGACUCCGUGAUGCCAAUUCACCAGAAAAGAAGCCUGCUGUUGGAGAGGACGAAGAUGAGGACGACAUCAUGAUUCCGUCCACAGGGCGAGUCAGGAACCGGGGGGCGAUCCUGGAUGAUGAGAACUCCCUGGACACCGGAUCCCUUCAACUCGGUCAAGACAAGUUUGGGGACGAUGAUGAUGGCAGCUCUGUGGCCCCUGCAGCAGCUCCUCUAGUGCCCCUGCGUCCCUUCUAUGAAGGCCCCAUGCCAACCCCUCCCCAGAAGGCCUUUCAGCCCGGCUCCACACCAGCUCACCUCACUCACCGCUUCAUGAUGUGGAACUCUGUGGGGAUAGUGCGAGGCUACAAUGAUGAACAGGACAACGCCAUCGACGUGGAGUUUCAUGACACUGCUGUCCACCACGCCAUGCAUCUCACCAACUCUCUGGGUCACACCAUGGCUGAUCUCUCCCAAGAGGCCGUGCUGCUGGCCUGCCCCAGCACUGAAGAGCUAGCGAGUAAGCUGCAGUGCCUCCACUUCUCCUCCUGGGACACCAAUAAGGAAUGGAUGGUGGACCUGCCGAAGGGCGAGGACGUGAAGGCGCUGUGUCUGGGUCGGGGCUGGGCGGCCGUCGCCACCAGCUCGCUGCUGCUCCGGCUGUUUUCCAUCGGAGGCGUCCAGAGAGAGAUCUUCAGCGUGUCGGGGCCGGUAGUGUGCAUGGCCGGGCACGGAGAGCAGCUGCUCGUGGUUUACCAUCGCGCAAUGGGGUUUGAUGGAGAACAGGCUCUCGGUGUUCAGCUGCUACAGUUGGGUCUCAAAAAGAGGCAGCUCAUCAACGGCGAACCGCUCCCCCUCUCUCCUAAAUCCUUGCUGUCCUGGCUCGGAUUUACCGCCGAAGGCACGCCGUGCUAUGUGGACUCAGACGGGCUGGUGCGGAUGCUGAACCGCUCGCUGGGCAACACGUGGACACCAGUUUGUAACACCAGGGAGACCUGUAAGAGCAAAUCAGAUCACUACUGGGUGGUCGGUGUGCAUGAGAAUCCCCAGCAGCUCAGGUGUAUUCCCAGCAAAGGCUCCCGGUAUCCUCCCACUCUGCCACGGCCGGCUGUCGCCAUCCUUCCCUUUAAGCUGCCGCUGUGUCAGACCAGCACAGAAAAGGGACAAAUGGAGGAACAGUACUGGCGUUCAGUCCUCUUCCACAAUCAUUACAACUUCCUGUCCACCAGCGGUUACGAGAUCGACGAGUCUGCGCAGACGCAGUCAGAGAAGGAGCAGCAGGAGCUUCUCAUGAAGAUGUUUGCACUGUCCUGUAAACUGGAGCGGGAGUUUCGCUGCGUGGAGCUGGCGGAGCUGAUGACUCAGAAUGUGGUGACCUUGGCCAUCCGAUACGCAUCCCGAUCCAGACGGAUGAACCUCGCGCAGCGGCUCAGCGAAAUCGCGCUGGAUAAGUCGAACCAGCUGCAGGAGGAGGAGCCAGAGGUCUCAGAAGAGGAGACAGAGUACUCCAGCACCAGGCGGACAUCUGGGUAUAGGCAGACUGAACCCGCAGACGAUCCUUAUGGUAGCAGGGAGAACCAAGAGGACGACGAAGAGCUCGGAGAGGAAGAGGAUGGAGGGAAGAUGGAGACGGAGGAGAGAAUGGAGACCAAAAAACGUCCAAAUCCUUUUGCUAAAGAAGCAGGUUCACCUGUGAAGCCUUCACUGAUGCCAAUUGGUAAAGCAGGAAGAUCAAACCCCUUCAAGGUUGCUGGUUCUGGCAAGUCGACGCCUUCGCCUGGACAUUCUCGAGUCACAAACAUCCUGGACAACAUGACGUCCAGCAAAAAGCUGGCUCCGCUCAGCGGAUCUUCUGGGAAAUCAAACAAAAGUCCCAUCCUCAAGCCACUGGCACCCAGAGCCAAAACGAAGGCUCAAUCCACUCUGCUGCAGAUCUCCGGCAACAAAAUGGCUAACAAGAAGACUCCAGAGGCCGAAGAGCCGGUUCCAGAUCCUCAGAUGCAGCCUGACGCUGCGGCGCCAGAACCACCUACAGAGAACACGGAAAAUAAGAGGCCAAGGACGGGCUUCCAGCUGUGGCUGGACGAGAACAGGAAGAUGAUCAUUGGCGAUAAUCCAGACUUGGACGAGACCGACGUCAUUAAAGAGGCGAUGGGACGUUUCAGAACGCUGUCGGCAGAGGAGAGACUGGCGUGGACCGAAAGAGCAAAAGGACAAACCGGAGAUGCUGCCGACGUGAGAAAAAGGAAGAGGGCAGAAGGAGGUGGAGGUGCUGAAAAGGAAACCGUGGAAUGUGAUGAAAACGACACCAAGAAGAAAAAGUCCCUGGAUCCCUCCUUCAAGCUGUCGGCAUUUGCAUUUAACAAAAACUGAAUGUUUGUUGUUGAAACGUGCAGAAGUCAUAAACAGUCUGUGAUGUUUUGAGACAUAUGAUGGGCUUUCAGGUUUGUUUUUUUAUGUUUCAUUUGUAAAAACAAAAACAACAAAAAAACACUUAACUGUAUUUUAUCAAUUUAAUAAAUAUUAAAAUUCA